AUGAUAAGAAAUGGAUUAGAUUUGUUGGCGAGGAGAAGUCCAAUACAUAAACCAAUAUUCAAAACAUUAUUUGGAUUGGAUAUCAAAUUGGGCUGUACGAUAAUAACAGCAUUUGCGCUAUUUAACAAGGUCGCUGGUGUUUAUGGGGUUAAUGUUAUAUUCACUGGUGGUACAUUUGCGCAGUGCACCAUGUACCUCUAUAGCGUUGGUACACUCGCUGGCUUUGUUUGGGGAUUGAAGCAGAUUACAGAGGAGAAUCCAACCAACUCGCUAUUAUAUGCGAACAUGUUCGCAAUUGAUCAUAUUAUUUCAUCAAUCUACUCAGCUGUUUUCUUCAAGCAUUGGUACUUUGACGAGCCUCACGAUGGACGGCGGGCGGAUGUAGGCGACCUCACGAAAGGCUGGGGUGGCGUCGCACAUCAGGAUCUUACAGAGAUGGAUAGAAUAACAGCCGCCAAGGAGAUAUGGGGACGCGAGAAGGUGUUUGCAGGAUUAGUCCUUCUCAGCGGCUUUGUUGCGAAGGUCUACUUCAUAUUGAUAAUAUACUCUUUCUCUUUAUCACUUAUACAGGGCACUUACGUUAGCAAUAACCAAAGCAAUAGAGCAAACUACAGGAGUAAUAAUAGCAAUCAAGAUGAAUAG